GCAGCAAAUCAUUCUGCUUACAUUGUUGACUUCUCCCCCACCUCCUCGUGCAGUUGUGUAAGGGUGAGAUUUACAUCUUUGAGGGAUGGAGAGGGGAGGAGUAGAAUGUUGGAGGAUAUAAGGACACUCAGUCAGCUCCCACCUUACUCAUUUUCCUCCUCACACACACCCCGGAGAGUCGAGCCGUCACACACACCGAUCUGUAACCAUGAAGCUGAGCAUAAUGGGAGUUCUGCUGUGUGCUACGCUGGUCGCCUGCGUCGACGUCAUGCCUCAGAAAGACUUCAACCUGGAGAAGAUGGCUGGUAAGUGGUGGGCCGUGGGCUUUUCCACCAACGCCAAGUGGUUUAUGAAACGUAAGGCUGGUAUGAAGAUGGGAACUUCCAUGAUGCUGCCCACUGCCGGAGGUGACCUGGACAUCAGCUGCGCCAACCAGAACGCUGAUGGCUCUUGCUGGAGGAUGACCCAUCUGGCCAAGAAGACUGACAUACCAGGCCGCUUCACCUACACAGCCAGCGUUGGAACAAUGAAAAUGACAUGCUGUGGUAGCUUCCAGUAUGAUGACUUUGCUCUGAUCCACACCAUCAAAGCCAAAACACGGAGUAACUGA